ACGCAUGCUUUCUCUGAAGGCACAGAGUCUUCCUUCUACUUUUCUCACUAAAACUUCUGAGGGAUGCGCAGAGGGCAAAAGAGAGGAGGAGACAUAUCUUAAUAAUAAUAAUAAGAAGGAAAAAACAAUAGUUGUGUUUUUUAGGGGUUCGCUAUUAUUACUGGCUUUGAUGUAGGGAGAAAGGAAGAGGGUGAGAGGGUGUAAAGAGCAGGUGAGAGGGGGUUCAGUUUGGUGAUGGUGUUGUGGGCACUUGGUGAUGCCAAGGGCAUAGAGGUAAUUCCAUUUUGUUUGUUGUUGAUGAUCUUCUUCUCGGGUGGUGAUGGUAGGAGGAGCUGGAUCGUCUUCGCCCAAGGUAGCAGCGGCGGCGGUGGAGGUAUUGGCGGGAGGAACGUCGGCCUCAUCGGCGGAGGGGGCGGGUUCUGGGCGUCUACGGCGCCUUCCAAUGUUGGAAUAGCCAUCGCCGUGACGGCCAUGGCCGGUCUCGCCUUGGCCGCCACUGUCGUCUACACUCGUAGAGGCACUCUUAAAUCACCAUGGUCUCGCCGGAGAAGAAAACAUGCCCUCCUGGCCAAACAAUGGAAGAGUCUUUUUACGCCAGAUGGAAAAUUCACUGAUGGUGGAGUUAAGUUUCUGAAGAAAGUCAGAAGCGGAGGUGUUGAUCCAAGUAUUAGAGUGGAGGUUUGGCCAUUCCUCCUUGGAGUCUAUGAUGUGAAGAGUUCCAGGGAAGAGAGAGAUUCUAUUAGGGCUCAGAAGAGAAAGGAAUAUGAGAACCUGCGGAAACAGUGCCGACGAAUCCUAAAACAGAGUGACACUAGCAUUAAGUUGAGGGAAACUACUGGAAGCUGUAGCAACCAGGAUAGUGAGGAAUUCAGUCAAGUUUUAGAUUCUUCUGGCUCAGAAGAUGUGGUUAGUGCCAGGUUGUCUCAUUCCACUGAGGGAGGGACUCCAGAGGAAGAGGAUUCAGUCCACCCAGUCUGCAAUGUAGGCCCUCAAACUUCAGACUCAUUAUUGGAAGGGGAUGGUGAAAAGAGUGGACUUACCUGUGAAGAUGCCUCUGCUAGUUACUCGGACUCAUCUGAUUCUGACUCCUCUGGAGAAAUUGACAGCAUACCUCUCUUUGCUGCUGAAGGAACUGAAGAAAAUGAUCUUGGUGAUCAUGCUAAGGAGAAUACCUCUCCGUCUGAGACAGAAAGUGGCUCCAAACUCCGCAUGAAUGAAGAUUUUGCAACAUGGCAGAGGAUCAUCCGCCUUGAUGCUGUGCGAGCGAAUGCUGAAUGGAUCAUUUAUUCACCAUCUCAGGCUGCUGUGUCAGAGAUCAAGGCACGGAGAUUUGCAGAGAGUGUUGGAUUGAAGGAUUAUGAUCACCUGGAGCCAUGCAGGAUUUUCCAUGCUGCUCGCUUAGUUGCCAUUCUAGAAGCCUAUGCACUCUAUGAUUCAGAAAUUGGUUACUGCCAAGGGAUGAGUGAUUUACUCUCCCCGAUAAUUUCGGUGAUGGAGGAGGACCAUGAUGCCUUCUGGUGCUUUGUAGGUUUUAUGAAGAAAGCUCGGCAUAACUUCCGGCUUGAUGAAGUGGGGAUUCGAAGACAACUGAGCAUCGUGUCCAAGAUUAUUAAGUGCAAGGAUUCUCAUCUCUAUAGGCACCUGGAGAAGCUUCAGGCAGAGGAUUGCUUUUUCGUAUACAGAAUGGUGGUUGUUCUCUUUAGGAGGGAGUUAAGCUUUGAGCAGACGCUUUGCCUCUGGGAGGUGAUGUGGGCAGAUCAGGCUGCAGUCAGGGCCGGGAUUGCCAAGUCUACUUGGGGAAGAAUAAGGCUAAGAGCCCCGCCCACUGACGACCUGCUCCUUUAUGCAAUAGCCGCCUGUGUGCUGCAAAGAAGGAAGCUGAUCAUAGAGAAGUACAGCAGUAUGGAUGAGAUCAUAAGGGAGUGCAACAGCAUGGCAGGACAUCUCGAUGUUUGGAAGCUUCUAGAUGAUGCCCAUGAUUUGGUGGUGACCCUCCAUGACAAAGUUUAGAAAGCCCCUUCAACCAAGGGUUUCGCUCUCAGGUUCUUUCUCUGUUACCCAUCCCUUUUUCCUUUUCAGUUGUUCUUGCUCCAUUUCCUGGGAGCCCUUCAAUUCUUAGGGAAUCAUAAUUUUACUGCACCCCUUCAUAGGCAAUUCCUGUGUCGAGUAAAUUAUGGGAUGCAUGAUGUAAUUUGCCCACACUCUGGGCUCAUUUGAGCGAUCAUGAUGUAUCAACCUGCACUCACUGCUCAUUUGAGUGAUGGUGGCAACCCUGCAACACUAGCUAUUUACAAUGAUAUAUAACUUGUCUCCUGUUUUUCUCAA